AUGGCUGAAGAUUCGAGUUCGUCUUCCACUGAUGGACUAGAUCUCAUGAUCCGGAAGCUCCCACAGGAGUUGUCCGACAUGAUCUUCUCUUUUACACUACAGACUCCAGCUAUUAUCACAAUCACCAAAUUCCGCGUCGAUCGAGUUGGUGCAAUCUACGACAAGCCAUCAUACACCCCGCCGCUAGGACUCCGAUUGAAUCGCGAAAUACGGGCUCGAUUCGCAUCGGAGUAUUACAGCACGACUAUCUUUGAGUUCUUGUCGGAAUGUCUCACAAAAAACCCUCGAGAUGUGGAGGGUUACAAGCUUAAUCCCAUUUUGCAUUGGCUUCGCAGCUUGAGCCCAGAGCAUAGGGGCGCCAUCCGUUUCCUGCAGUACACUGAGAUCAAUCACCUGUGCACUGUUAGACGGCAGCGGCAGCAAGAAGUCGGGUACUGGAAGUCCAUGGGUCAUCACCUUCGGACUUUUCUUGAAYCUGUUGAGCGGGAUGACAUGAUGCGAGCUGAGAUAGUGCUUGCUGCCAUAGUUCUGGACCCAUGGAAGAAGGUUCCGAGCAUCAGGAGGAUCGAGAGGUAUGACAUAGAUGGGGGAAUUCUAGAGGAGGAAGAUUUAAAGCCGACGCGGGAGAUGCAUAGCCGUCUGAUACCGGCUGGGGAAUACGAUGACAAGGAUGAACGCGGUUGGAGGAUGGGAUCUCGUAGCGGCGGAAGAAGAGGUAUGGCCGCCGUCUCGGGAACUCCGAGCGGAGGGACUAUGAGGAGGCCGUAG